UUCACUAUAUUUAGCAUUUCUCUGUGUUAGGUCACGGAUAAGAAAUCCUUUUCCUGGCUGUUUGUAUAUUAUUUUAUGCAUAAGCCUGAAAUGAAAAUAAGUCUGAAGUAGAUAAAUUCAAUGCUGUGGUGUAUUUUAUAUAAAAUUAAUAGGAACGAGACCGGACGAACACCGUUACUGCUGUACCAUGGCGUCUCUGCUGGGUGACGUCUUCUCUCACUCUGCUCGGACCGCCAGUCCGCGACUACCCACAUGGAACUCCCCCAAGGUAAUGAUGUCCAGCUCAUUAAGUGAUCUCGAUCACUCCCAAAAUACAGUCUCGUCAGUCAUGGAAGAAGAGCCAUUAAGCCACCAGGCUGAUACGUCUGCGACGGAAGAUGCGUCUCCUUCUACAGGACCUAUUCUUUCGAAGAAUCGUCUGCACGAGUUAGUAAAGGAAGUGGACCCAAGUAUUCAGUUGGAUGAAGAAGUAGAGGAUAUUUUGAUUCAAAUAGCAGAUGACUUUUUGGACUCCACUAUAAAGUCCGCAUGUCUUUUUUCUAAACAUCGAAAUGCUACUACAUUGGAAGUCAAAGAUGUUCAGUUGCAUCUGGAACGACAUUGGAACAUGUGGAUUCCUGGAUUCGACACACGCGAGUUUGUCCAGCACAAGAAAGUGUCUAGCACGGAGGCCCACAAGCAACGGAUGGCAUUAAUUCGCAAAGCUACAAAACGCUAACUUCAAAUGGUCAUGAAGCUGUGAGAAGAAGACUAGUGCCUUUAAACCUACGUCUAUUACUGCUAGCCAAACAUUGAAAUAUUGUGGUAAUGUUUUAUGCCAGAGUUUGUGAAAAAUGGUUAGAUUUGUUGGAGUAAUGUUGCUAUUGACAUAGUGGUACUAAACUUCAGGUGAGUGAAAAUUGAAUCAAUUUGUCAGGAAAAGAAAAUGUUAACUGGCAACAGAACAAUGUUAUGAUGUAGGCUACACUGUUUGUUCUGUAAAUAUCAUAUUUUUACCAAAAUAAAUGUGUGGAGGCAUUUGUUUUGCAAUUGUUUUUUCAUGUCAUCAAUAUUUUGGUUGAUUGCCAUUGUGAUUUUUGGGUUAGGAUUUGAUUAUACAAUAGGUAUUUAAACCCUAAUAUCUUCUUUUAAACAUUGUUUGAACACCUUUUGUAGCAAUAAAAUUCACUUUUGUUUUUGCAAACCUAACUAAUACUUACUGCAGUUGUUUAAAAUAUUUAUUAUACAAUUUUUUGAUUAGUGAUUACAGUUUACUAAGUUUAUUAAAACUUGUAUUUAAGAUUUGUAUAAUAUUUUAUGCUUUAGCAAAAUUUGAAAUGUUUGUGUAUAAAAAAAAUAAACAUUCCUGUAUUACUCACA